AUGCAUGAAGCAUCAACAGAAUAUGAAGUAUCGUUCUACAAAGAAUUCAACAAUGAUUUACAUAUUACCAAUACAUUCGGAUUUGUUGAAAAUAAUUUACGAUCGAUUAUGUUACUGCAAGAACGAGCACCUCAUGGUCAUCUUCAAGAAUUACUAAAAAACAAUUUAUUCGAACCAACGCCAAUGGUGCUCAUUGCUAUUUUCUUACAGAUCAUUGAUGCAAUGAUUUAUGUCACUGAUCAAGGCAUGAUACAUGGUGAUUUACGCUGUUCGAACGUUCUUGUCUUUCAAAUGGAUACAUCAAAACCUAAAGAAAAUUUUGUUAAACUAACAAAUUUUGUUCAAGCACGACCAAAUAAACGAUCAUUAUUGGAAGAUAGAAGAUUAAUUAUUUCAGUAGAGUAUUGUGCACCUGAGAUUCUUCGAAGUACAGGUCGAUUAAAUUAUUCCGAAUUAUCUGAGGUUUAUUCAAUGGGAGUAUUAAUGUGGGAAGCUUGUUCACAAGGAAAAUUUCCUUACGGUUCUGCCAUAUCGAGCAAAGAAAUUCGACAAAAAAAGUUAAAUGGUGAAAUAUUACCGAGGCCAUGGAUGUGUGAUAGACAAAUUUGGUCUAUUAUUAAAAGAUGUUGGAAUAAUGAACCACAAUCACGAAUUGAUUUUAAAGAUAUGAAAACACAACUUUCGAAUCUUGAUCUUGAAUCACAGUUUCAAUAUGAACUCGGUAUUGAUGUCAAAAUGAGCAACCGACUAUAUGGUAGAUAUGGCCAAAUAUAUUAUAAUGCAGAAUGGAUAAGAAAGAAUAAAUCAUCGAUUAUAUUAAUUGUAAUAAAUACAGGAACAGCUGAACAUCAAGCUUCAUUCUAUCUUGAACUUAGUUCUCAUAAACAUAUUGUUCAUACAUAUGGUUUAGUAAAAAAUGAUCCUCGAUCGACAAUAUUAAUACAAGAACGUGCUCCACGUGGUAAUCUUCUAAAAUUGUUACAAACUCAACAAUUUAAACCAUCUGCAAAGAUACUUAAAAUAAUUUUCUUACAAAUUAUUGAUGCUAUGAUUUAUAUUAUUGACCAAGACAUUAUACAUGGUGAUUUACGUUGUGCUAAUGUUCUUGUCUUUGAGAUGAGUCCAUUUGAGACAAAAAGAAAUCUAGUUAAACUAACAAAUUUUUCUUUAACUUGUACAAAUGAUCCAUCGUUUAAAAAUGAUAGACAAACAUCAAUUUCAAUUCGAUAUGAUGCACCAGAAAUUGUUAAAAGUAAAGGGCAAUCAGACUAUUCUGAAUUUUCGGAUGUAUAUUCGAUGAGUGUUUUAAUGUGGGAAGCUUGUUCACAAGGAGAAGUACCUUAUGGAGUUGAUACAAGUGAAAAUGAUAUUCGACGACGAAAGUCAAAUGGUGAGAAAUUACCAAUGCCAAAUGCAUGUAAUAAACAAUUAUGGGAAAUUAUAGAAGGUUGUUGGUCAUUAGAGACUUAUGAAUAUCAAUUGGAUGUUAAUGUCAUAAAGAAGAAUUCACUUAAUGGUCUUCAUGGUAGAUUUUAUGAAGCAGAUUGGAUACCAAAUAGAGAACCACCAAUUAUUCUAAUGAUCAUGAAUAAAGAAACAUCAGAACGUGAAGCUUCAUGGUAUUUAAUGCUCAAUUCUCAUAGCCAUAUUAUACAUACUUAUGGUUUCGUUGAAAAUAAUGAUCAAUUGCCUAUGUUACUACAAGAACGUGCUAUUCAUGGCAAUCUUCAAAUACUAUUACAAAGAAAACGUUUUCAACCAUUAAAUAAAGUUCUCAUUACGAUCUCCUUACGAAUUCUCGAUGCUAUGAUUUAUACAUAA